GAUGUGGCCCACACCUCCUAUUCCCGGACAGGAUCCUCGAGCUCUGAAGACAAAUAUCAGUCAUGGAGAACUGACGGGAUGGCCACCAGGGAUUUGGCAGCAGGAAUGAUCAUCUUAUUACAGACUAUAUUUGGAAUCCUGGGGAAUUUCUCUCUUCUUUACCAUUAUCUCUUCCUUUAUUUCACUGGGUGUAGGACAAGGUCCACAGAUUUGAUUAUCAAGAACCUGAGUGUAGCCAACUCCUUGGUCCUGUUCUCUAGCGGAUUCCCUGAUAUGGUAUCAUGUUUUGGGGGGUAUCAGGUCUUCAAUGAUUUUGGAUGCAGAUUUUUUCCUUAUGUUCAUGGAGUGGGCAGAGGGGUGUCCAUUGGCACCACCUGCCUCUUGAGUGUGGUCCAGGCCAUCAUGAUCAGCCCCAGGAACUACAGGUGGGCAGAGCUUAAAGUGAAAGCUCUCAAGUGCAUUGUCCCUUCAAUUUUCCUGUGCUGGAUCCUGCACAUGCUGAUAAAUGUCAUGUAUUCUAUGUUUCUGACUAGCAAUUGGAGCAACAAAAACAUCACAAGCAGAAAAUGUUUUGGAUACUGUUCUGCUGUUCAGCACGACAAAACCAGAGACUCAUUAUAUGCAGCAUUGCUAUCAUUUCUUGAUGUUUUCUGUUUGGUGCUCAUGAUCUGGACCAGUGUCUCCAUGGUUUUCAUGCUUUACCAGCAUAAGCAGAAGGUCCAACACAUUCAUAGGACCAAUAUCUACCCCAGGUCGUCCCUUGAGUCCAGAGCUACCAAAACCAUCCUUCUCCUGGUGAGCACCUUUGUCUGUUUUUCCAGCCUUUCCUCCAUCGUUCACGUGUGUAUGGCUCUUUUUAACAAUCCUCACUGGUUUCUGUUGAACACCACUGCAAUAAUCAAUAUGUGUUUCCCGACUGUCAGUCCCUUUCUGUUCAUGAGCCGUGACUCCAGCUUAUCCAGGCUCUGCUUUGUCUUUAUAAGGAAGGAAAAAUCCCCUAAUCUUGUCAGAAAUAUGUGA